GUUGAGUCUCGACCUCCUUCGAUUCGCCGCCUUCUUCAGCACCGCAGCCAUCCAYGCAGCAACARAGUUCCGUUYUGUACACGCAAGGGYGAUGCGUGUACUGGCCGAGAUUGCGGCUUUCCAACGCCUGUCAUCGCCCGGUGCCAGCCACGUAUCCGUCAUUGUUACCUUCACGGGUGAUAUCACAACGCUGCACUCGGCGAUUCAUGCGGACGUCUAUCGGCACGAUUCGACAAUUGCGGGGCUCGGUCGAGGAGAUCACAGCCACAUGGGUCGAGUUGCUGGCUUAGCAGGGGGAAAGGAUCCGCCAGAAGCCGAAGGGGGUGAGGUCGAGGACGACGAGGUGGAACUGUUGAUCGUGAAAGCCUGGCGGACGAGUACGGAAGGAGAAUUCUUGGAAGUACUAUUCGGCAAGGUGGAGGAAGGCCACCUGGACGCAAUCACGGAYGAGUUGUUGGUGUUUUUGGCGCAGCUAGUGAACGACUUGCCCCUCGAUAUUCUUUCGAGGUGCGACGAGAAGCCGAGGACAGACGUGCUCACUCGCACGCUUGCGCCCCAUCUGGUGUGGUCCAGGUGUAUGGAGCUGGACGGAGAUAACUGCUUUUACCCGUCCCCGAGCCUCUAUCUCGAGAUUGACGUCACCGAUCUCACACUGUGGGACCCCUUCAUCAKGCGAGGGAACGCAAUAGAAGCCAGUUAYGAAGAAGAAGAAGAAGAAGGAGAGGAGUCGGAGGAAGGAGAAUCGUGCACUAAUCAAGACGAUCCCGACURCAUUGGGUCUGAGGAGGAGGAAGAGGGAAGAGGAUCGAAGGAACCAAGCGUCCAUCCCCCAYRAAGCAAGGAAGAGGAGGAGGCUGAAACUCCGCGAAGGCGAGAGAAAGCAAAGGGCAAGCGGCUGAUCGRGGAAUCUGAAGGGCCGCCACCACAGCUGCAGCUGGGCGAUCCAUCGUUGAAUCCGGAGCCGCCACGCGAAGAAUCCAAUGGAGCCGCAACGGAGGGAUCAGGAAGCUGACGCCGCAGAAGAAGUGAAUCCCCGGCUCCGUCUUCUUCGCCAUCAUGAGCCACCCUCCGCCUUCAUGGAAAUACG